GGAAGGGGGGAAAUCCAUGGAAAUUGACCAUUGUGGAGAAACAAUACAUCGGAAAGGCUGGACGGUGUCUUAACGGGGCCGAGGAUGCUGUCACUGUCAGCGGGUCCGCAGAGCAGGAAAGCGGCCAGGGCUCCCGAGCGUCAGUUAGGCCCAAAACAAACAGUGAAAAAUAGGCGUGUUAACAACGGAGAGAGUCUUUAGCCUCCAGCUGAUCAAAGUGAACACAUUAAGGAGGAACAGCGAUGUAUACGAGUUUAUCUGCCCGUCCUCUGCAUGCUGGAGUUCCCGGUGCUCUGAGGAAGGAGCCAGCGCUCAUUUUUUUCCGGAGGAAAAAACGUUUGUUUUGAUUUUCGUGACUGGGACAGACUUCUUAGCGUAGCAUGAUUAGCAAGGUGGUAUCAGCAUUUUUGACUUAUAGUUUGCCUGAACACACUCCAGAUGGACCAAGUUUUAAUAUACUGAUUAUACAAAAACUCCAUAGUGUUAUUAUUUCGUUUUUUUCUUUUAGCGGGUGUGAAGUUUUCGUAACCGGGCUAGCUAGGCUAGCGCCGGAUGCUAGCUACUCCGGCUAACUUUUGCUAAAGACAAGUUCUCACCAAGCUAAGGCGUCAGCUCCCCGCGAGGACUCUUCAUGGCUAACGACCCGGGGUGGACGAGUAUCAACAGAGGGGUCCUGAUUUGUGAUGAAUGCUGUUCAGUACACCGCAGUUUAGGCCGCCAUAUCUCAAUAGUCAAACACCUAAGGCACAGCGGAUGGCCUCCGACAUUACUGCAGAUGGUUCAGACGCUGGCCAGUAACGGAGCCAACUCCAUAUGGGAGCACAGCCUCCUGGACCCUGCGCAGGUGCAGAGCGGUCGUAGGAAACCAAACCCUCAGGACAAGGUCCAUCCCACUAAGUCGGAGUUCAUCAGAGCUAAGUACCAGAUGCUGGCAUUUGUGCACAAGCUUCCCUGUCGUGAUGAUGAUGGGGUCACUACCAAGGAUCUCAGUAAGCAACUUCAUUCGAGUGUGCGGACUGGGAGCUUAGAGACCUGUCUUCGGCUUUUGUCCCUCGGCGCUCAGGCAAACUUCUUCCAUCCGGAGAAAGGCACCACCCCACUCCACGUGGCAGCCAAGGCGGGGCAAAUCUUACAAGCGGAGCUGCUGGUCGUGUACGGCGCAGAUCCCGGAGCGCCUGACAUUAAUGGGCGCACGCCGAUGGACUACGCUAGGCAGGCGGGUCACAUAGAAUUAGCAGAACGUCUGGUAGAGUGUCAGUAUGAACUGACUGACAGACUAGCCUUCUACCUGUGUGGCCGGCGUCCAGAUCACAAAAAUGGUCAUUAUAUCAUUCCUCAAAUGGCAGACAGAGCUCGUCCUAAGUGCCCAACACAGAGUUUGGACCUCUCAGAGCUAGCGAAGGCUGCCAAGAAGAAGCUUCAAGCGCUUAACAAUCGGUUGUUUGAGGAGUUGGCGAUGGACGUCUAUGACGAGGUGGACCGCAGAGAGAACGAUGCCGUGUGGUUGACGACACAGAACCACAGCACUCUGGUAACAGAACGAAGCGCCGUUCCUUUUCUGCCAGUCAACCCCGAAUACUCCGCCACACGCAACCAGGGACGUCAGAAACUGGCCCGAUUCAACGCCCGGGAGUUUGCCACGCUCAUCAUCGACAUUCUGAGCGACGCCAAACGGAGGCAGCAGGGCAAGGGUCUGAGUCCUACUGACCCGUUGGACCUGGGCAUCGAUGAUGAUCAGCACGACUACGACAGUGUAGCCUCUGAUGAAGAUACAGACAGCGAGCUCACCACCCAGAACAACAACAACACGCAACGCAGCAACCGUGCAAAGAGCAUGGACUCGUCCGACUUGUCCGACGGCCCCAUCACCCUGCAGGAGUACCUGGAGGUGAAGAAAGCUCUGGCCUCCUCAGAAGCCAAGGUGCAACAGCUGAUGAAGGUCAACAACAACUUGAGCGAGGAGCUCCGGCGCCUUCAGAAGGAGAUUACCCGGAUGCAGACAGAGAACAGUGUGCUGCGGGGGUGCCAGCAGGCUGGGGGGGCAGCUGGCCAUGGGGCAGGAGGAGGUGGAGGGGGAGGACACUGGCCGGGGGGUGGAAAGCAAGUGGGCGGAGGAGGCUCUGCCGGGCCGGGGAUGGACGCCCCAUCGCUCUCCGUGCCCCCCUCGGCCGCCCCUCACUCCCACCCCCACUGGAGGGAGCGCCAGGCCUACUCCAUGUUCGAGCCAGGGGCCGUUCCCGGCCCCACGGCCCAUGGCCCCCCAGCCCUGGACUCCCUGGCAGCCCGCCUGCAGCCCCUCAACUCAGCUAGCGUGAGAAAAGGUGUCACGGGGGGUCCAGGCACCUAUGGAGGCCAACCUCUGUCCGGUUCCAUAGAGGUGGGCAGAUACAUGGUGCCUAAACCAGAGAAGCAUGGCAGUGGCACCGACAGCGACUACGACAACACGCACACGUACGACCCAUCAUUAAGUAUGGGUCGCAGCAGUGAGGAAGAAGGUCGCGGUGAGUCUGAGGACGGAGGGGGUGGGGAGGGGGGAGAGCCGGACCCCACCCUGCCCUGCACUGAGGAUGUCAUACUGAAGACCGAGCAGGUGACCAAGAACAUCCAGGAGCUCCUCCGAGCGGCACAGGAGUUCAAACACGACAGUUUUGUCCCGUGUUCUGAGAAGAUCCACUCUGCAGUCACGGAGAUGGCCUCCCUCUUUCCUAAACGGCCGGCUCUGGAUGCGGUCCACUGCUCGCUGCGCCUGCUGGCCUCCAGCGCCUCGCGGCUGCAGGUGGAGUGUCGCAAGGCGGUGCCGUCGGAGUCCGGCGCGCCGGCGGUGGACUACCAGCUCCUCACGCAGCAGGUCAUCCAGUGCGCCUACGACAUAGCCAAGGCCGCCAAGCAGCUGGUCACCAUCACCACCCGGGAGAAGAAGCAGUGACGGAGAGAAAGAGGCGGAGAGGGCGGAGCAUCCAGGUCAGGCCAAAGGACAGAUGCAUGAAAAAUAACCUGACGAAAUGACUUUUUUUCAAAAUAAAAACACUACAAUGGACAGGAAAGAGAAAGCUCGCCACGUGGAAGUGAGAGUGGGAUUAUGGGAGUUACAGCCUGCAGCCACCUCAGUCGGAAUGUAUGAAUAGCCGCUGAAACUGAGGGGGUACAGGAAGACCCACGCUGGGAGAUGUACAGUGACCCGGACUCUGCAACGUUACCACUUUAUUUAUUCUCUGCGUCUCCUCCUCUCCUCUGGCGGUCUCUGCCCCCCGCCCCGCCCCGCCCCGACAGCUUCAACGGGGAGCAUGACCCGGCAUGUUUCCGUUCCUUCUCUCCUUUCCGUUUGCAGAUCAGGUUUUUGAAGACAAACUUUUUUUGUUUUUACUGACUCAAACACUUAACACUGGAAUAAUUGUGAAUUAUUGUUAAUGUCUGUUUUUUUUGUAUUGAUAAUUUUACUCUUGAUUUAAGUGUUAAUAUAUGUUUGGUUGAAAUGGUUCCGAGCAGGAGGGGUGCAGCAGACCCACUCUGAGUUCUUAAACCUCCAUCGUGUGGAUGUGUCGGAGGCCAACUCUUGCCAAAGGAGAGUCGAUGCUGGUUGGAUCCUUCAUGCUAUCCCUCUUUUCUUUUUUUUACUUGAUUACUCUUAAAAAUGUGUGGAAUCAUCUCAGGAUCUCACGAUCUUUGUCGGUGCCAAGUAGAGGAACGACGGACGGUCCAGUUUUUCGCAUGAGGCUCCGCCCCUCCAUUUACACAGCAGCCAUCCUUUAGCGUGCAUGCUAGUGGCAGACAGGCGCAGGUACUUUUUUUUCUGGGCAUAAACACUACAAAGCUUUAUACACAAAUACUAGUUUGUCUUUAAGGCUGUCCACACUGAACUCCACCAACAGGGGGCACCAAUGGGAACAAAUCUCCCCGCAUCGCUUUUAACCCUCGUGGUCGUACUGUGCCAAACAAAUAUGGCGGUUUGGUCCAAGGAGCCUUUUUUCCAGCUUUCAUGAUUGUCUUCCUCCUCUCCAGGUUGAACUUGAACUGUUUCCAUGUUUCUGGAAGUGCUUGUGGUUUCAGGAUGGGAUCACAGCGGCUGCGCCUCGGAAUGUGCUGCCUUUUAGCAAGGCACUCUUACUGUUAACCCCUUAACGCCUGAGUUUAUUCCCAGCUAUGAAAAACGAUAUUCACUCGUGGUUUUGCUUUUAAGUAAAUGCUACUUUUAGGUAAUUUUAUAGCUUUGUCGCAUAUUUGAGACAACUGGCAUUAAGGGGUUAAAGUUUUCUUUUUUGAUUUUUUUUCUGUAGUGACUUAAUGCUCAUUUCUGUGGGGAUUUCACAGUAAAAUAACAUCUCCUGACUGACGAACACACAACCAGAACUCAUAAAACUGUUAAGAUUAGAGCCAUAUAUAUAUGAACAAACUUGUUUUUUUCUUCCUAUAUUUGUGUCUUUAUUGGCCUCUAAGGGGGGGCUGUGAUGGCUGGUCACCAGGUUUCAGGUGUUACUCUACGAUGUCCCCUCCCCCUUCUGUGUACAUUUUCUUUCUGGAAUCCAAGCUUGUCGGAGGAGGAGGAGCCACAGGACGGACAGCGUUGUGGUCUUUGUUGCACUAUUUUCAAACACUAGCCCAUUAAAGUAUGUGCAAGUACGUUUUGAUAUGUGGGACACGGGAUGGGAUUGUGUGGGGAUAGACCUGAAGCACACUUUAGUUUAGGACUAGAAUCAUCUCAACAGAAGGGCGGGACGGAGGCCGAACACGCACAUGGCCUCUCCUCCCUCCAGCUAGCGAACACUACGUAGGGUGCUCGUACAUGUGGGACGCUUCCAUCCGCUCGUCGACUUUCUACGGUUCAGCGUUUAGACACACCCUAAGCUUAUCAGUUCGACCAAUCCACGUGCAAGUUACAAAAAAUGCUG